UUUGGGAUCUGCUUCUGGUCUUUAUCCAAUGUAUCUUGAUCCUAUCUAUAGUGGUUCUGAAGGUGUUGUUGUUAUGUGCACUUCGUUUAUACAAACGUCAAAGAAUCCGAGUCAAUGUGCUUUGCCCUGAGUUUGUUGAAACUGAGAUGGGCUUAAAGGUGGAUCCCAAAUUCCUUAAUAUGAUGGGGGGCUUUAUACCUAUGGAAAUGGUGGUGAAAGGUGCUUUUGAGCUCAUCACGGAUGAGAGUAAAGCCGGUGAUUGCCUAUGGAUUACUAAUCGUUUAGGUAUGGAGUAUUGGCCAACCCCAUCAGAAGAGGCAAAGUACACGAUACGUUCUACACGUCUCAGGAGAAGAACUGAAUACAAAGCUCCAUCAAUUAAACUACCCGAGAGUUUUGAGAAAAUAGUUGUUCAUACAUUGACUCACAACUUUCGGAAUGCUACCGGCUUAGCGAGAGCACCACUGAGAUUACCUAUCAAAUCAAACUAUGUUCUUGUUAAGAUCAUCUAUGCUGGUGUAAAUGCUAGUGAUGUAAAUUUUAGCUCAGGCCGCUAUUAUGGUGGCAAUAACAAUGACACUGCAGCCCGUCUUCCAUUCGAUGCAGGGUUUGAGGUUGCUGUGGAUACAAAGAAAUUUAUAGGCCUGCAUUCUGUUGCAGAUGCAGUUGAGUAUCUCCAUUCAGGCAAAAGCGUUGAGAAGGUGGUUGUAAGCGUGGAUCCAACCUUCGUCAAUCAUGUAGCCAAGUUAUGAGUCAACACAUGCCGAAUACAGAAAGAAGACACGUUUUGAGCUCAUAGUCUAAAGAUUGUUCUCGAAUAAUACCAGUGCUGAAAUAUUCUCGAUGUUUUUUCAUUUUUGGAUUACAUGAAAGAUUAAUGCCUUGUUAUAAAAUGUUUAGGAAGUAAAUGGGUAAAUGGCAAGUCCUUCCAUAAGUAAAACUCUUGCUUUUGUGAAAACUUAUCCGUCCUUCUAUUUUCUUUGUUCAAAAGUUGAAAGAGACUCUUCAAAUGAUUAUGUGCUAGUUUGUUUUCAAUGUUGAAAGAAUUUGGUGAGUAGUAAUUCAUAUUCUGGAAAAAAAGAGAGAGGAGAUACUUCAAUGAUUAAUUAAAGAGAAUAUAAUUCAAUAAAUUUAUAAUCUGGUGAAUUUUUAUAAAGUGGGCAUUCGGUGAUGGCUUCACGCUCAACCUUCUUUCUUUGAUGACGGCUCAUGGCUUCACGCUCGACCUUCUUUCUUUGAUGACGGCUCCAUUGCGUCCAUGUCAUGGGGGUUUUCCCCUGAUAGUUCUGAGGGAUAUAUGGGUUACCCUUCAACACGUUGGAUUUAUCCUGGUUUGACAACCCUAUCUUUAGGUCAACAAUUUUUCAUUUUGGUUGACUUGCUCCCUUUGGUUGAGAGGUUUUACCCACUUCCCCUAGGGCACAUUAGCAGGAGGACGAUAAGUCCUUUGUUGAGACUGUCGAAACUGCCUUAGAUAUUCUUCGUUUCUUUGCGAGACACCUCGUUUGUCGUAAGUGAAACUAGACGACAAAACUCAUCCCUUCUUGGGAUCAUACAUUAGGGUCUCUUCAAGCUUCUUCGCAGCCUCUUCGUGGAACACUGUGCUACACCUAGGGCAUAACAUAGUUUUUGAAUCACUUAAUUUG